CCAAGGGACCGCACAUUCAUUGUGAAGCUCGAGAAGGACUUACAGAGCUUCAUUAUGUCCAACACUGAUUCUUAUCUUUUGGCACCUAUGAAUUCGUAUUACAGGCUGAUCACUCAUCAAACUGCAGAAUACUAUUGCCUUGGACAUACGUUA